GUGGAAAUGUAAACUUGUGCUGAAUCCUGUCGAAUUGCUGUACAAGCAUGGGGUCGUUUUAGUAAUUCUUUUAACAAAAUAACGACAGCAACGUUUGCAAUGGAGAACAUCCAGAAUCUUCCUAUUGACAUCCAAACCAGUAAACUCUUGGACUGGUUGGUGGACCGAAGACACUGCACACUGAAAUGGCAAAGUGCAGUUAUGACCAUCAGAGAGAAAAUUAACGCUGCCAUUCAGGAUAUGCCAGAAAACGAAGAGAUCAAACAGCUGCUCUCCGGCUCAUAUAUUCACCAUUUCCAUUGCUUACAAAUAAUCGAAGUAUUAAAAGGAACGGAAGCGUCCACCAAAAAUAUUUUUGGCAGAUAUUCAUCACAAAGGAUGAAGGACUGGCAAGAGAUAGUAUCCAUGUAUGAAAAAGACAAUGUCUAUUUGGCUGAAAUGGCCAGUAUUUUGGUUCGUAAUGUGAGUUAUGAAGGGCCAGCUUUAAGGAAGCAGGUGUCUAAAGCUCAACAGCUGCAGCAGGAGCUGAGCCGACGUGAGCUGGAGUGUCAGAGCGGUUCUGCCGACUUGAGAGAACGCUAUUAUGCUGCCUGUAAACAGUACGGCAUAAAAGGGGAAAACGUGGCAAGGGAGUUGCAAGCACAGGUUAAAGAUCUGCCUGUGGUUUUAGAAGAAACUGGAAAAAAAGCUGCCUGUCUGAAAGAUGCCAUAGAGUUUUACACAGCAUUCACUAAGUUUGUCAGCGACUGGUCAGAGGAAGUACUGCCCUUACUGAGGUUUGUCCAGAAGAAAGGAAACACAACUGUAUAUGAGAGAAAGACUGGAAAUGUGCCUAAAGUUGUAGAGAGACCUGUAAUGGAGGAAGCACCACCAGAUGUUGUUACAGAGGAGACGAUUGACUGGGGUGAUCUUGGCAGCGGUGCUGGUACUGGUAGUGAAGAGGUAAAUUUUGGGAUUUCAGUUGAGGAUGGUGUGGAUUGGGGUAUUGGUCUUGAGUCUGGUACUGAGGAAACAAGUGGUGGUGGUAUUGACUGGGGAGACUCUGAAUCUGCCCCAUUGGAAAUUGAAGUUGUGGAUGUGGGCACAGACUGUCCUGAUGGUGUAGCCAGAGGUGAAGAUGCCCUUUCUCUUCUGGAAAACUCACAAACACGUAGCCAGUUCAUCAAUGAACUAAAGGAGUUGGAAAUGUUCCUGUGUCAGCGGCUCAGUGAGAUGCGUGAAGAAGGCGACUUGGUGGCCAUGAGUCAGUUCCAGCUCGCUCCCUCAGUGAUCCAGGCCCAGACACCUCAACGUGUGCAGGUCAUGCUGGCAGAUGUGCGUGAGCUGCUGAACGGGCUCACUUCAGUGCGAAUGCAGCACCUCUUCAUGAUCCAGGCAUCACCACGCUAUGUGGAGCGUGUUUCUGAGCUGCUGCGGCAGAAACUCAAGCAGGCUGAUAUCAUGGUAUUAAAACGUGGCACACUGGCUGAAAAACGACAGGAGGCACUGGAAGAACAGGCCAAGCUGGAGCCACGAAUUGAUCUGCUGGCUGCUCGCACCAAGGAGCUCCAGAAACUGAUUGAAGCUGACAUUUCAAAAAGAUACAACAACCGUCCUGUCAACCUCAUGGGAGUUCAUGUGUGACCAAGAAAGAGUAUUUACAAACUGCACAUAUGCAUCAUUUCAUAAAUAAAUGUUUUCUCAUUU